GCGCUGCCGCUGUCCGCCGGCGCUGGGGUGGGACUGCAGCUCCCGGCGGCCGCGGGGCAGAGGGGCCCGGCCUGGGCGAGCGGCGGCGCGGGGAGGAGCCGCGGGCGGCCGUGUCGGCCCGUCACCUCGGCGCCGCGGGGAGAGGCCGGCGCGGAGGGGAGAGGCUGGCUGCGGCGGCCAAUGCGAAACUGGCUGGUGUUGUUGUGCCCCUGUGCGGUCGGGGUCGCGGUUCACCUCUGGCUGCUGCUUGGCUGUCCCAGCGGCCCCGGGAGACACCCGGCAGGUCCACUGGCCUUCUUUCCUCAGUGGAAGCUGAAACAUUAUGAUGUUAUUGUAGGUGUUUUGUCAGCUCGACACAAUCAUGAACUGCGCAGUGUUAUAAGGAGCACUUGGUUCAAGCACCUGAAACAACAUUCUGCACUGAGCCAACGUGUCCUUGUGAAGUUUAUAAUAGGUGCACAUGGUUGUGCUGUGCCAGUGGAGGACCGAGAAGACCCCUACUCCUGCAAACUUCUGAACAUCAGUAACCCAGUUUUGAAUCAGGAAAUUGAAGCAUUCAGUCUCCCUGAGGAUGUACCUUCUGAGCUAUCUGAAGACAGAAUUGUCAGUGUGAACUUUCGUGUACUUUAUCCCAUUGUCAUUACCAGUCUUGGGGUAUUUUAUGAGGCUGAUGGAGUGGGAUUCCAGAGGAACAUUACUGUAAAGCUGUACCAGGCAGAACAUGAGGAAGCUCUCUUCAGUGCUCGCUUUAGUCCACCAAGCUGUGGAGUGCAAGUGAACAAAUUGUGGUACAAGCCAGUGGAGCAGUUCAUUUUGCCAGAGAGUUUUGAAGGUACCAUUGUGUGGGAAAGCCAGGAUCUUCAGGGUCUUGUUUCAAGAAACCUUCAUAAAGUGACGGUGAAUGAUGGAGGGGGUGUUUUCAGAGUCAUUACUGCAGGGGAAGGGUCACUGCCGCAUGAGCUCACAGAAGGUGUGGAGGGAAUAGCAGGGGGUUUUAUCUACACUAUUCAAGAAGGUGAUGCUCUUUUGAAAAGCCUCCAUACUCGCCCAGAAAGGUUUACGAGUCACAUAAAAAAUCUUGACAAAGAAGAUGCUUUAUUGAAGGAAGAAAGCAGCACCUAUGAUGAUAUUGUCUUUGUAGAUGUUAUUGACACUUACAGAAAUGUUCCAGCCAAACUGCUGAACUUCUACCGAUGGACAGUUGAAUCAACAAGCUUUGAUUUGUUGCUGAAGACGGAUGACGACUGCUACGUUGAUUUGGAGGCUGUUUUUAACAGGAUAAUGCAGAAAAAACUGGAUAGGCCAAACAUUUGGUGGGGGAAUUUCAGACUGAAUUGGGCAGUUGAUCGUACUGGGAAAUGGCAAGAGCUGGAGUACCCAAGCCCUGCAUAUCCAGCUUUUGCUUGUGGAUCUGGCUAUGUCAUCUCCAAAGACAUUGUUCAGUGGUUGGCAAGCAACUCUGAAAGAUUAAAGACAUACCAGGGUGAAGAUGUGAGUAUGGGUAUCUGGAUGGCAGCUGUAGGACCUAAGCGAUAUCAAGAUAGUCUCUGGUUAUGUGAGAAGACGUGUGAGAGCGGCAUGCUGUCUUCCCCACAGUACUCUCCCCAGGAACUGAGAGAGCUCUGGAGACUAAAGGAACUUUGUGGAGACCCUUGUAGAUGUGAGGAAAGAUGAUGGGAUCUGCCUUGGAAAACAGGGCAGCAUAUAACGAUCGUGGAAAAGUGUACAUUUGGAUUCAUUCUUGGAACAAUAGGGAGUAUUAAGGUAUCUUUUAAUGGUGGCUUUCAACUAAAGUAUUACAAUAUUUGCACAUCCCUUUUGAUAAUUACAAGUGGACUGAUAUUAUUAAUUUUCUAUUGUAUAGGUGUUGAUCUGACAAAAACCAAAAUGUUUAAGAUAAAAAAUUUCCUUUUUAUAUAAAGUCAAAGACCUACUUGUAAUUAAUAAAUGCACAUAAGAAUGCCAA